AUGGUGCACAGGAUUCUGGAGGGACUUCGUGAUGAAGCCCUCGAACUUGCAACGGGUGUCGGUAUCGAAUCCCUGGCGGCUCCUGGAGGCAAAGGUUUCGUCAGGAGGGUCUACAUAGCCGAGGUUAUGGCCAUGGCCUAUCCCGAGGGAAGGACGAAGAAGACGAAAGCUACGAAGAAAACGAGCUCGAUAAACACGAAGCUCUUGCUCUCAAGCGAAGGGUCGGAAGGGCAAGAAGCCCGAGGGAAAAGGGAAAGGCGCAACCGAAGUGCCUACGAUGUGGAGCCAUUGGCCACUGGGCCGGUGACGUACCCCGAAGGGAGGAAAGGCGUUGUUCAAGCCAUAACGGCUGAUGACGCAACCGCCGACCUCAACCCGGAGGAGGUGGAAGCUGUGCUAGGCCGGGAAAGGGGAAGUCAGAGACUCCCCCAAAGCACUCCGCAGCGCCCAGCCGUGGAGCGAGAUGAAGUGGACGAAGGGAUCCUGACCUCUGGCUACGCGUAG